CUCAUUCUUUUUCCGGUGUUCGAGCUGUGCGGAUGUGCUUCUAAUUUCGGAUCUCUGGUUUAAUUAAUGAAAGAAAUCUAUAGGAUACAUAACUGAGAAAAUUGUGUGCUUGUGUGUAAGGUGAAAAUAUAUUGUAGACAACAUGGAUGGUGGUAUAAAAGCUGAAGGAGUCAAUGGUGCUGCUCCGUUGCCACAGAGAGCUCAAAAGAACAUCCCACAAGGUAAUAAAAAACCCAUGAAUGCUCAGCAGCAAAAACAAAAUGACGGUGCAGAUGGAGCACCAGCGAAGAAGAAACCACGUUUUAACCAGAAUGGUCCAAAUCAAAACCAAGGUGGUGGAAAUCAAAAUAAGAAUUUCGGAAAUCAGAAUCGAGGUUUUGGUAAUCGCAAUAAUAAUCGUAACCAACAAAAUCAGAAUCGUGGUAACCAGAACCAGAACCAAGGGAACUCCCAAAAUCAGAAUCAGCAGAACCAGAACAAACAAAAUCAGCAAAAUCAACAAAAACAACAACAAGAUGUGAAGCCGGUAGGUGAUGGCAAUCAAGGCAAUCAGACAGCAAUUAAAAAGGAUGUUGGUCCAGGACCUCAACAACAACAACCACAGCAACAACAGCAGGCCCAGCAGCAACAGCCACAACAACAAACUCAAAACCAACAAAGGAAUCAGCAACAAAAUCAACAGAACCAAAAUCAACAACACCAAAAUCAGCAGAAUCAAAAUAUGAACCACAACCAAAAUCGCAAUCGUGGUGGAGGAGGCGGAGGUGGCCCUAUGGGCAAUCAAGGCGGCCCAGGUGGCAAUCAAGGCGGUCAAAAUAGGGAUCGCAGCCGUGGUGGACGUGGUGGUCCCGGUGAUGGGCGUGGUAAUCAAGGCAAUGGCCCCUAUAAUAGGAGUGAUGAAUUCUUCAUUGGUCAACGUUUAAGGGCAAUCGGAGGACCAACUCAUGAAUUGCCACCGGUUGAGGCCACCGAAGAACCUAAGUUCUCUGGCCGCAAUCGUUUAUACGUUGGAAAUCUUACCAAUGAUAUUUCUGAAAAUGAAUUGCGAGAAAUGUUUAAACCAUACGGUGAAAUUGGUGAAAUUUUUUGUAAUGCUGAGAAAAAUUUCACAUUCCUAAAAUUGGAUUUCCACAUAAAUGCCCAGCGGGCUAAACGUGAAUUGGAUGGCACCAUGCGGAAAGGGCGUCAAUUGCGUGUUCGUUUCGCUCCCAAUGCUACCAUACUUCGUAUAAAAAAUUUGACACCUUUCGUAUCCAAUGAACUUCUUUAUAGAUCUUUUGAAAUAUUUGGACCUAUUGAACGCGCCAAUGUAGUUGUUGAUGAUCGCGGUAAAUCCACUGGCGAAGGCAUAGUCGAGUUCGCUAAGAAAUCGUCUGCAAAUGUUUGCCUACGUUUUUGCAAUGAUAAAUGCUUCUUCCUUACGGCAUCAUUGCGUCCAUGUGUGGUUGAACCAUUUGAAAUUAAUGAAGAUGAUGAUGGUUUGCCCGAUAAAUCACUAAAUAAAAAAUCACCAGAAUUUCAUCAUGAACGUGGUGUAGGACCACGCUUCGCCGAGUUAGGCUCCUUUGAGCAUGAAUAUGGUACCAGGUGGAAGCAAUUGCAUGAAUUGUUCAAAACUAAACAAGAUGCUUUGAAACGUGAACUCAAAAUGGAAGAGGAGAAACUUGAGGCCCAAAUGGAAUAUGCACGAUAUGAACAUGAAACUGAGCUGCUUAGGCAAGAAUUGCGUAAACGCGAGUCUGAUAAUGAACGCAAGAAGAUGGAAUGGGAAAUGCGCGAAAAGCAAGCCGAAGAAAUGCGCAAACGUGAUGAAGAAAGUAUGCGUCGGCAGCAAAGUGAAAUGCAAUCGCGUAUGUUGCGCCAAGAAGAAGAAAUGCGUCGCCGACAACAAGAAAACACGUUGUUUAUGCAAGCGCAACAGCUUAAUUCUUUGCUGGAUCAGCAAGAAGGUUUCGGCGGUAAUAAUAAUGGAGGUAAUAAUUUCGACAACUUUGGUCGAGCAUCCAACAAUUCACCAUUUGAAUUCAGAGAUCCCAUUUCGGCUCUUUUAGGCAACAGCGGUGGGGGCGGUAAUGGUAACGGCAAUGGCAAUGGGCCAAAUAAUCCACAG